CUAGUUUUUCUCUUCAAGUCUGCGGUCUUCAGUCUGGAAUCCGGUGGUCUAGAGUCAACUAUAUAUUUAUAUAUAUAAUAUAUACUUGAGCUACGUUUUCUCUUGGGAUCAUUUUUACGACGUAUUUUUGUUAAAACCACACCCAUUAAAAUGGCUGCCAGUAAAUACUACCACGUACAAUGUACACCAACUGUCUACCCAGCUGAUCCCUUCAACGCAGAAGAAGAUGCCGCAUUAUUGCGAGCUGCCAUGAAGGGGUUUGGUACCGACGAGCAGGCGAUUAUUGACGUCCUUGCGCACCGCGGGAUAGUCCAACGCCUUGAAAUUGCUGACAAAUUUAAGACCAUGUACGGCAAAGAUUUAAUUUCUGAAUUAAAGUCUGAACUCGGUGGAAAUUUUGAGAAUGCUAUUUUGGCUUUAAUGACCCCAUUGCCGAAUUAUUACGCCAAGGAACUCCAUAGUGCUAUCUCUGGGAUGGGAACUGAUGAGGGUGCUAUCAUUGAAGUUCUUGCUUCUUUGAGCAAUUAUGGUGUCAGGACUAUCUCAGCUGUUUAUAAAGAACUUUAUGACACAGAAUUAGAAGAUGCUCUUAAAGGCGAUACUUCCGGACAUUUUAAACGCCUAUUAGUUUCUCUCACAUGUGCUGCAAGAAAUGAAGAUCCGGACAUAGAUGAAGCUUCAGCAAUAGAAGAGGCCCAGAAAUUAUUUGAAGCUGGUGAAGGCCAAUGGGGAACAGACGAGAGUACCUUUAACGCAGUUUUGAUCACUAAAAGUUUUCCACAGUUAAGAAAAAUCUUCCACGAGUACGAAAAAAUUUCCGGUAGCAGCAUCGAAGAUGCAAUUCGCCGUGAGUUCUCCGGGUCUUUAGAAGAUGGCUACCUUGCAGUUGUAAAAUGCGCGAGAGAUAAAACUGCUUACUUUGCUGAGAGACUCCACAACGCUAUUGCUGGAGCGGGAACUGACGACUCUACUCUAAUUCGUGUUAUUGUUACACGUUCUGAGAUAGAUCUUGGGGAUAUUAAAGAUGCUUACCAACAAAUUUAUGGAUCAUCACUUGCUGGAGAUAUUGAUGGCGACACUUCUGGAGAUUACAAGAGACUUUUGCUUGCUUUGAUUGGCGCUUAGUCAUAAACAUGACAUAAUUCGUUAACAUUGUACUCAAAAAAUCAUCACAUUAAUUAUAAACGAUGUAAUUAACUCAUGAUCUGUGACUAAAUAUCUCAAUUUAUUAUUAUUAUUAUUAUUAUUAUUAUUAAACAUGUUAUUAUAAUUUAUAAACAAAUAAACGCAUGGCCUUACAAUUA